AUGAGGUUCACCUGGUGGACUUUGGCCUCGGCCGCCGCCGUGUUGGCGGUGCCGGCUCCUCAGGGAGGUCAACAAACGCCAACCCCGACAUCCAGCAGCGGCGCCCCAACGGCGCCCGCAUCGCCCAACGCCAACAACGCCUGCGCUCAGAUCCAGCCCAAGGCUCAGGAGUUCCUCCAGGCGAGCCCGAAAGCAUCCCCCCAAGUCCCCGCGCAACUGGCCUUCGACUGCCUCCAAUCCGUGCCAAACAAGCCGGGCCCGGCCAAGGACCUGAUCAAGAGUGUCAAGGCCUACGCGCAAUGGCAGUCGACCCUGGCCUGGCUCAAGUCGCCGCCGGCGUCGUACAUGCUGCCGGCCACCGACAUUGAGGCCGGUCUGGACGACAUCGAGAGGAAGGCCGAGGCCGGCCAGUACAAGAGCGAGUACGAAUUCCAGCUCGCCAUCUUCCAGCUCAUCGCCUCGGCCCACGACGGCCACUUUGCCUUCCGCGGCGACGUGUUCAAGGGCUUCAGCUUCCGCAACAAGCUUGCCCAGGACAUCGUCUCCGUGUCCCGCGACGGCGUCGAGGUCCCCAAGCUGUACCAUCUUGCUGCCGAGCAGACGGAUAUUGUGCUAACCCCCGCCGGCCCCAACGCAGCCCAGCUCCAGAACGGCACCUCGGCCCCCGCCAUCGUGAGGAUCAACGGUCAAGAUGCCGUCACCCUCAUCUCCGACCUCAACCUCAAGUUCAGCGGCUUCCAGGACCCGGACUCGCAGUGGAACGCCAACUUCCGGUCGUACGCUUCCAACGAGAGCUUCCUCGUCGUCGCCGCCUCCCUCGCCUUCCAGGGCAACAAGGUGACGCUCACCUACGACAACGGCGAGGAGCGCUCCGAGGACAGCUUCGCCCUCAUCCGCAAGGGCGCCAACUUCACCGGCGUCAACAGCGGCGAGGACUACUACAACAGGUUCUGCAACCCGGAGAGCGCGCCCAAGCCCACGCCCUCGGCCCCGGGCACGAUGCCGAACCAGACGAACCCCAACGCGCCGUCCAAGCCCAGCGGCCCGCCGCCGCCUCCCAAGCCGACCAUCGAGGGGUACCCCUUCCCCGUCGUCCGCGACAGCGGCGCCAACACGACCGCCGGCUACUUCUUGAACGGCACCGGCUACGACGACGUCGCCGUGCUCGCCGUCUCGGCCUUUGCUCCCCCGGACUCCAUCGACGCCGUCGAGUACUUGACUAACUUCCAGAGCACCGUGGCCGCCUUCUUGGCCAAGAGCAAGGAGACCGGGAAGAAGCGUCUCGUGAUCGACGUCGCCGCCAACGGGGGCGGCUUCGUCGUCGCCGGGUACGAGUUGUUCGCCCAGCUCUUCCCCGAAGUCACCCGCUUCCAGGCAAACAAUCUCCGUCUGUCCGAGGGCAUCGUCAACUUGGCCCGCCUGGCGGCCGCCAUCCCGUCCAACUUCACGCCGUCGACCCCCGAGGAGAAGGAAGCGAUCGAGGCGCUGAGCGCCAGCGCCGUCGUCAGCAACCUCCUCCCCGGCAGCAUCUACACGCCGGACGGACAGGCCUUCACGACGGUCGACCAGAUCCUCGCGCCCGUCUCCCUCAACGGCGAGAGCUUCACGGCCUACCAGCAGGCGCCCCUCAACGAUACGGACCCCACCUACAACCUCACGGGCGUCGGCACCAAGGCGAACCCGCCCCCGCGCGUCUUCGACCCGGAGAACAUCGUCCUCUUCACCGACGGCACCUGCGGCUCCACCUGCACCCUCUUCGCCUACCUCAUGAUCCUGCAGAUGGGCGUCAAGACCACCGUCGUCGGCGGCCGCCCCAACACGGGCAUCAUGCAAUCCAUCGCCGGCGUCGAGGGCGCCCAGGUCUUCGCCUUCAACGACAUCACGUCCGAUGCCAAGGCCAUCAUCGCCCUCGCCCCCAAGGACAAGAAGGAGGAGAUCAUGGCCGGAGAGCUCGGCGAGCUGGCCAAGGGCUACGCCAUCAAGCGCGCCACGGAUCCCAAGAGCGGCGGCGGCAUCAACGCGAAGAACGCCUUCUCCAUGUCCGACGCCAAGACCCCGCUCCAGUUCCUCUGGGAGCCCGCCAACUGCCGCAUCUUCCACACCCGCGAGUCGCUCUUCAAGCCCGAUGCCGCCUGGAAGCGCGUCGUCGAUGCCACCUGGAGCAAUCCGAUGCAGUUCUGCGUCGCCGGCAGCCAGGUGCCCGUCACCAAGAACGCCACCAUGGACCCCCUGUACAGGCAGAGCAAGAACAACACGGGUCUGCCCGUCCAGGCCACUGCCGCCGAGGGCGUGUCCGGCGCCGGUCUGAGGCUCGCCGUCCUCAUUGCUGUGUUCACCGUCGCGGUGUUGAGUUUGUAG